AUGGCGCCCCUAGCGGUCAGGCACAGGCGCAGGCAGCGGGAGUCUCGCUGCGUUGAAUCACAUCGCCGUAGCUCAGCCGACUGGAGGGAUGUGACCCCGGAACAGGACGCCCUCCCUAAAACAACACACCAUUCAAACAGCGCACAGAAGAAAGAAAAGCUGGACCAGGAGGGAGCCACAGGAGCAGGGGGGAUGAACCGCGAGGAGGCCCCGGGGAAGUCUCCUGAAGAGAUGUACAUCCAACAGAAAGUGCGGGUCCUGCUCAUGCUAAAGAAAAUGGGAUCAAAUCUGACGCCGAGUGAAGAGGCAUUUCUCCGGAAUUAUGCAGGCGUGGUUCACAGUCAGAUGAGCCAACUACCACAGCACAACAUAGACCAGGGUGCAGAGGAUGUGGUGAUGGCGUUCUCACGGUCAGAGACGGAGGACCGGCGACAGUGACCUUGGGCCCCCACCCCACCUCACCCUGCUGCACCCCACCCCACACCUCCCCGUCCCGCCCGCGGUUCACAGCAACCCAGAUCCCACAAAUACAACACUGUUGAGCUCAGGAGAGGAGGGGCGCCCGGAGAUGAUGGACGAGGAGGGGAAGAGACACCAGGAGGUUGCUGCCUCACUCUCCCCCAGCCUUCUCCCUCCCUACUCCUCCUCGUACAAGCUGGCACACCAUUACCUGAGAUGCACUCAAGUGGGUUACUGUGGGUUUGAGCCUUGGCAACAAGGCAGUCAAUGAAAACACUCACAAAUUGUGUGGAUGAAUAUAAAACAUAGGGUUUUCUUUGGGGUUGUCUUUUUUUUGUCUUUUUUUUUUUUUUUUGUCUGUGGUGCGGAUUUAGGCAGUGUUAUGUGAUAUAUGCUUAUUGGACCUGACCAAUAAGCAGCUGUGUCAAGCAAAGAGAAAUAUAGUUUUGGUCAAGCAGUGAGUGUUGUGAUUGAUGACCUUGUGGGACGAGAUUUUUAUUAUUUCUGCUUACCUAAACGGGGCUGAAUUUGUUUUGAGUUAGCUGUUGUGUAUAAAGGCUUUCAUAUUCUGUCACACCAGUCGCUCUUCUGCUGCUUUAUUUUGAACUACAGGCGGCUGAGAGUGCGAACCUGCUCUCUCAACCAGAAUUAAAGACACUAGCAGACAUAUGACAUAUUCACAGAAACAUUAAACACAGGUGUACACAUUCUCCCCAAGCAAACAGGAUUUUUUUUUUUAGUUAUUUUUAAAUGUAAAACCUUUUUUAUUGUACAGACAGUAGGGAAAAUACAAUAAUGAAUUGAUUGUGCCAAUUGUAUUUUUUGUUGUUUUUUAUCUGUAAGAUAAAAUUUAACGUUAUGAAUAUGAAAGGUGUCUAAACGACAAGCUGUAGUUCUAAUUUAUUGCGUACUGAAUUGAUUCAUAUCCCUCAAACAAACCACAAAAGAUGAACGAGCAGAUGAUAGUGAAAACUAAAGCCUAACAUGAGCACACCCUUCACUGUUGUCGAGGUGGCUCUUUAUUCACACUAAAAAAAAAAAGGAUAGAAACUCUAAUUAGCUAGCUAUAACUAAGAACAUGACGCCAAACUUAUGAACUUUGUGCUAUUUCUGACUGUACUGUAUAUCAUUCACUGUUAACAGUGGGAUAUUUGCAAAAAAUACAAUUUGACACGUAGCACAGAGGUUUUAUGUUUGGUUCAGUGCAAAAACUUUGUAAGGGAAACAGUAUUUUUAUUCCAACUUUUAUCUCCUUCAGUGAUUUUAAUUGCUUGAAACAAAAUAUAUCUUCCGUGUUAACCGACUCAACUGGAAUAGCUCAAUUGAAUAUUUUCGUUUGUUAAAAGCCGACUUGUUUUUCUAGUGACAUGCUCAAUAUUUAAUGUGUUUUAAGUACAGUUUGUUAACUUGUAUAACUUAAGUAAUUGUAACUUAAUGUUUUGAAGCCAAGCAUGUCUGCCUUGUGGUUUAUAUUGUUCAUUGAAGUGGAUCUGUGAGGAUCUUUAAAGCCUUGCCACAAUGACCAUCGCUUGUACAUUCUUGACAUUUGUGGAAGCUACUCGCUCUUUUAAAAUAUUAGAGGAAAAAAAAAUUAUCAUUUUGUAUGGGUAAAUGUGAUCCAUUGUACCAUUAUUGGCAAUAACUCCUAUUCGAAUGUCUUCAGCAAUCUUCGCAAUGUACAUGGCCAACAGAUCAGUCACGCUGUCUGCCUGCGACAAAGAAAUUUGUCUUUUUAUGUUUACUUUUUGUUUUAAAACAUUCUUAAUUUGUCUAUGCAUUUUUUUUUCUCUACAAGGUGUCUUACUGUAAUUUGACCUAUCAGGAUUGUCCUACAGCCUUCAUUCAGUUUGUUGGAUGGAAGUGUGUGAGUGUGUAUAUGUGCAAACAUUUGUGUGUGUGUGUGUGUGUGUGUGUGUGUGUGUGUGCGUGCGAGUGUGUGUGAUCACUAAACUUGCUACCGGUUUUAAUUUUCAGCUCGCUGUUCAGUUCGACAACAAAUGCGUGUCUUUCUACUGUGAUGACCUGACGUUGCCUAGUUGUCUUUUUUGAUUUCUUUUUUGUUGCCUUUAUAUUCUUUUUUUCUUUUUUUCUCAGUUGACAUCGAUUAGUUGGUUUUGUAUGGCUGCUGACCAUGUCUUGACUUAAUGCUUCCAAAUCCUAUACCAACUGAACCAUUAAAGAAAUUUUAAACUUC